AUGCCAAUUUCAACGAAUCAAACUCUAGAAGAAACAUCGAUGAUUUCUCAACUCGAACUUUCAACCGCGGCUAAAUCCGAGUCAGAUACAUCCGUUGCUGUUUCUGAUUAUAUGACAAUAAUUCCCGGAGGAACGAAUGAUAAUCAAGCAUCAAUCGAUUCCGCAGCAACAACAAUUGCUUCGGGACAUAACACCACAGGAAUUGAUGAGAAUAAAGACGACACUACGAUCAUCUUCCAUGGUACUCAAAACGAGACAAUAUCCGCUGAGGAAGGAAUAACUACUGUUGCUGCAAGCACAUCGGAUGCAGCAAAGAAUGUUAAUGGCCAAGAAACAGGUGAUACUACUGUACUUUCGGAAAUUACUGAAAAUGAUGCUUCGACUAUGAUUACGGAUCAGGAUGAAUAUUCCAAUGAAACGAUAAAUUCUUUACCACAAACAACUGCAACGCCCAUAUGCGAUUUUUCAUGUCAAUGUUCAAAACAAUGUCCAUAUGGAUUUGAAGUUAUGGAUGACAAAUGUCAAUGUGAUCCACCCUGUAAAAAUUAUCAAUGUUUUGGUGAUGAUAUAUGUAAUAUAACAAGUGAAGGUAAACCUUCAUGCCGACCAAGCAAUGGAACAGAACAUGAUCGUCCAAUUCGUUGUUAUCAACCAUCAUCUGAAGGUUAUCACGAUGCUAUUAUUCGGUAUCAAAGUCGAUGGUACUAUGAUCCUAAUCAAGAUAAAUGUCAUCUAUUUGUUUAUCGUGGUUCGGGUGGAAAUGAGAAUAAUUUCAAAACAUUACACGAAUGUCGUAUAGAAUGUAUCACUUGUGCUCCAGCACCCAAUCGAGGAACAUGUUUCGGUCAUCUUUCUAUGUGGUAUUAUGAUUAUAAAAAGAAUGAAUGUUCACAAUUUGAUUAUUCAGGUUGUAACGGUAACGAAAAUCAGUUCAUCAGAAAACAGCAAUGUAUCGAUACAUGUGUCACUCGAAUACUCAAUCUUUAA